AUGGCGAUGCACGAUUACGUGUUCCCUCACCGCACGCGAUUAGUUCCUCUUCUGCGGUGGAGAUAUGCCGUCAUCCCUGUAUCGCACUAUGGACCAAAGCGGCUUCGGCGGCGGCCACCGGCCGGGCCGAUCCCCGUCGACGGAUCGAUUCCUCGGCGUUUUCUCGCCGCCGAAGGCCGAUUCCGCGAUUGGCGGCGGCUGUGAAGCGGAGGCCUCGUCGGGCGGAGGUGAGCUCAAUGAAGACGACGUCCUCUGGACUGGACCGGACUUUACGGAACCUCUGCGGCGUUCCAAUUCCUCCAACCUGAACAGUCCGCGGCAAGGUUUUGAGAAACCUGAGAAAUUCGGCAUCCUCGCCGCGUUGCCGGAGGAUCUACGGAAAGCCGGCCGCUCUCUGAUCUAUCAGAAGCACGCCACGGCGUCGUUUGCUCGGGAUUUGCCUUCGAUUCCGAAGCCUACGGCGGAUAGGGAGCAAAGCCACGGAUAUAACCGCAACUAUUCCCAGUCAAUGCCGGCUGCGAAGUUCCAGCACUCGGCCCCGAUGAAAGUGCCGAUGAUGCCGAAGAAGGCGACGAGGAACGGCGGACUUUGCGAUGUGGAGGUUGAUGAUGAAGACGCCGAUGAUGAAAUGCUGCCGCCUCACGAGAUCGUCGCUCGAGGAUCGGCUAUGUCUCCCAAAACCACUUUCUCCGUCCUGGAAGGAGCCGGCAGAACGCUCAAGGGGAGGGAUCUUCGUCAGGUUCGCAAUGCCGUGUUUCGUCAAACAGGUUUCAUCGACUGAGAACAAUAGAUAAAAACCAGUGAUCUUUGCUCUGCCAAUUCGACUGAGAAGUUCAAAGUUUUCCAGAUACAUUUCAGUCAUCAAGUUGAUUGCUUCAUUAGAUUUCUGGAGAUACAGUGUAAGAAAGUUUUAUUCAUACCUCCUCCUUUUAGUUUGUAAUUGUUUCCAUUAGUUUGUCUAUGUGUAUCUGUGAAAAUUUACAGUGUUCAUUCAAUUCCUUGAAGAAAUACAGAAAACUUUGAUCACUAACCUGAGAAUCUUAUA